CAGUUUUUAUGUUUUUAUGUAAACCACACAUUAAUUCCGCAUUGCUACCUAACGUGACCGCAAACAUUUUCCUCGAAGAUAUGGAGGUUGGUGCUUGAUUGAUGGCAAGAUAUUAAGGAAUAUUACAAUGCCUCGAGAAAGCGCAUGAAUCAGCAGCUACACUUCUUGAGGCUUCAAGGAAUGAGUACAAGGCAUAUGGUUAACGAGGAGUCUUAAUUAAGCUUCGAAAGAGAAACUAAUGGAAACUUUACGAAGACUUAUGACGAAUAGUGAGAGAAGAGAAGCCGCGGUAUUGGAAGUGAUUAUUGCUGUAACAUAUAGUUGUAUUGAUGGCUUAUAAACACGAAGCAAUUAUGGUGUCACCCAGCUCACGAGUUUUAUCCGUGACAAUGGUGACGAAAUUUAGUACAGAAUGUGGCCGGCUGCGGAUGAUAUGGCCAGUGCGAAGAAGAAAUGCGUCGUUGCGGGAUCGUCUGCUGAUGAGAUUCUUAGACAAAUAAAGCCGAAAUGUAGACUUGUAAAGAGUCGGAAGCGCGCAUCCGCAGACCAGGGUACAAUGGCGUCGUCUCAGACAACUACAAUGUUUGCUGAGCAUCAAAUUCAUUGCAAUUGCCUCCGCUGCACCUCCUUCAAUACCUUACAAUCUUAGAAGCAUAUCUUCGAAAAAGCUUAUGUGCAAAAGGCCAACGUUUCACCAAUUAUUUAUUACGAAAAUGUACGGUCUCACUUCUUUGCAAACGCUACAGAGAGCAUUUUAUUCAUUCUGUCGCCACAUUCGUUGAUUUCGAU